UCACACACAUCUAUCUAACCUUAAUUGAUUGAUUCUUCAAUAUUCUCAAUCCAAUUUAUUCUAGAGAGGGAAAUGGUGGAUAACAAUGUUGGAGGAAGUUGUUCUAAUUACAAUGAAAAUGGUGGCAUAAUUAAGGAACAAGAUAGGUUGUUACCAAUAGCAAAUGUUGGGAGAAUAAUGAAGCAAAUAUUACCUCAAAAUGCAAAAAUCUCAAAGGAAUCAAAGGAAACAAUGCAAGAGUGUGUCUCAGAGUUCAUAAGUUUUGUGACAAGUGAAGCAUCAGAGAAAUGCAGAAAAGAAAGAAGAAAGACUGUGAAUGGUGAUGAUAUUUGUUGGGCUUUGGCUACACUUGGUUUCGAUGAUUACGCCGAACCAAUGAGAAGGUAUUUGCAUAGAUAUAGAGAAUUAGAGGUUGAUAGAACACCAAAUAAUAAUCAUAAUGUUCAAGAUAGAGGAAAUUAGUUAUUAGCCCCUAACACAAGGAUCAUCAAGGGCUAUAAGGUUUUCUUUUCUUGUCUUAACUUUGUCAUGAUUCAAAAACUAGAAAUUAAUGUUUUGUUUGUUGUUAAUUACAUCUUAAUCUUAAUUGCAUGUAUUUUGGUAUCUUCACUCUAUGUUUUAGUUAAUUUGCA